CUCUCAUGUUGUUAUAUACUUUUUAUAAUCUAUUAAGCGUACACAUUUAUCUAGGCAGACACUGCGCCGCCGUAAAGUCAGAAAGAUAGAACGUGUUUAUGUUGGUUUCGUCUCGGCCGAGUCUCUGUUCUGUUGUGUUAAAACAUCUGUUUCAUUGUUCCAAGAGAGUACAGUUGCUUUGUCUCUCCAUAUUGGGUUUUUACCGGAAAUGGGUAAUUGCUUUGGUUCCUCAGCUAAAGUAGAUAGCAACCAUAGCUCCCAUAGCUCCCAUGCUAAAGUGGAUAGCAACCAUAGCUCCCAUACUAAUUCUGGUUCUUCGGCCUCGAAAGUUUCAAGCAAGACAAGCCGGUCAACGGGUACUUCAGGAAUAAGCACAGCUUCUUCUAGCACAGAUACAAGUUUAGGACCAUUACCAACACUUAGGACCGAAGGAGAGAUACUUUCAUCGCCAAACCUCAAAGCUUUCACUUUCAACGAACUCAAGAACGCUACUAAGAACUUUCGUCCUGAUAGUGUACUAGGGGAAGGAGGUUUCGGUUGUGUUUUCAAAGGAUGGAUUGAUCAAUCAACUCUCACUGCUUCACGACCUGGUUCUGGAAUCGUUGUUGCUGUUAAGAAGCUUAAGCCUGAAGGUUUUCAAGGUCAUAAAGAGUGGUUGACUGAAGUAAAUUAUCUUGGUCAACUUAGUCACCCUAAUCUUGUAUUACUAGUUGGAUAUUGCGCUGAAGGCGAAAACCGGCUUCUUGUAUAUGAGUUCAUGCCAAAAGGAAGCUUGGAGAAUCAUCUUUUUAGACGUGGUGCGCAGCCACUUACAUGGGCGAUAAGGAUGAAAGUGGCAGUAGGUGCAGCUAAAGGGCUAACUUUUCUGCAUGAAGCAAAGUCACAAGUCAUAUAUAGAGACUUUAAAGCUGCCAACAUUCUACUCGACUCUGAUUUCCAUGCUAAACUUUCGGAUUUCGGUUUGGCAAAAGCAGGUCCAACUGGUGAUAAUACACAUGUGUCAACAAAGGUCAUGGGUACUCAUGGAUAUGCAGCUCCUGAAUAUGUCGCCACAGGUAGACUGACCGCAAAGAGUGACGUGUACAGCUUCGGGGUCGUACUACUGGAACUAAUAUCAGGACGACGUGCCAUGGACAGUUCAAAUGGGGGAAGCGAAUAUAGUCUUGUAGACUGGGCAACACCGUACCUUGGCGAUAAGCGAAAACUUUUUCGCAUAAUGGACACAAAACUAGGGGGUCAAUAUCCACAAAAGGGAGCUUUCACCGCUGCUAAUCUCGCGUUGCAAUGCUUAAAUCCCGAUGCAAAGCUCAGGCCGAAAAUGUCAGAGGUUUUAGCCACAUUAGAACAAUUAGAAUCUGUUGCUAAACCUGGAACCAAACACACCCAAAUGGAUUCUCCAAGGUCUCAUCAUUCCUCUGUUGUGCAGAAAUCUCCGGUAAGAUAUUAUCAGGAUCGGCAGCUGCAUAACAUAACUCCCAGUGCAUCGCCUUUACCUUCUUUCAAUCAACAUCAUCGUGUAAGAUGAAAGCACUGACCUAAGAAAAUAGCUCUUGCUCGAAAUUUGUAUGUGUAAUGUAUGUAAGGAGGUUUUGAGAUUCAGGUAUGUCUGUGUAAUUAGAGAGGAGUGAAUGAAAAGAUGUAUACAGGGAUGAACUAUUUACUCAAACUUUUUGUGUCUUCAAACA